AUGGAGGACGUCAUCGAGAUAAGUAGCGACGACGAAGGCUCAGUCCGAGUCGAAGACGCAAGCAGCGACAGCACGGAGCCGUUCUCCAGAGGAGAGGCGCGGAGUCGGCCGAGGCCGAGGGACCCGAGGCUCGGUAGGGAAUACUACCGUCGCCAAGAGGAGCGGGCGCCGCCCCGGCGUGUACAUACGGUCCUCCGCUCGACGGUGAACGUGGCGACCAGGAUGGACGGCCUUAUCCAACUGGUGCAGGCCAGAUACACGACGGUGUAUAUCCAGGUGCCUAGGGGGGGCACCACGCCACCACUCGUGGAGGAGCCGCCAUCUCCGCCCCGCCCACCGGGCAGCCCGAAGUCCGGCGCGCGGAGAUGUACAGAGGAUGGAGCCCCGUCAAGGUGGGCGACGCCGACGCCGUGGACGGCGAGCGAAGAUGAGGAGUUUCCACCAGAAAUGGACAGCAGAUCCCCGUCACGGGGGUGGGAAGGCGGCAGGGAGCAUUGUCCCUCCGUCGAGGACCCCACCCCGGAGACCGCGGCGCGGGACGAAGUGGAGGAAGGGCACAGUGAGGUGUCCAUAAGUUUCGGCGAAGAGUUCGAGGCCGAGGAGGCGAGUCCCGAGGAAGGCGGCGUUGCAAGCCCCAUUCCUCGAAGGCUAGAUGAUGGAUCCCCGUCACGGGGGUGGGAAGGCGGCAGGGAGCAUUGUCCCUCCGUCGAGGACCCCAUCCCGGAGACCGCGGCGCGGGACGGAGCGGAAGCAGAGCAGCUGAGCGUCCGAGUGGAAGAUGCGAAUCCCGAGGAGGACACCGCCACAGAUCCUGUUCCCCAACGCCGAACUGACGACGACGUUGAGAGGGACCAGCCGCCGGAACCAGCCGCCAGGGUCACGUUGCGAUAUACGCCGGGCACGGUCGAAAACCGGCGCCUGUCAUGCUCGUCGCAGUCCAGCGCAGAGCGCCCGACAGAUCAAGGCCAGGCGUCCAGGCGCAAGCGUCGUCGGCGACGACGAAGAGGACGACCAGUGCCCGCGCGCGAACCGGACACCCGCGCCCCGGCCAGUCGAAGAAAUCUAACGGACGGCGCCGAGGGCCCAUCCGCGCGUCGGCAGCGCAGAGAGCGCAGCCAGGUUGGGAGCGGCCGAAAACGCGACCAACGUCGAGACGAGUCGACGGAGGAGGAGAGGCGUCUAUUGGCAGACAUGGCGGAGCUGUUGGACGGAUGGGAGGUGAGCCUUGAGGACGCGCUGGACGCAGAGGACGUGGAAGCGUUGAGGAUGUUGCCGCUGAUCCCCGUCAACUGGAGGAUACGCCCUGCUGGCGUCGAGCUGAGCGAGGAGGUAAUCCAACUCCUGAGGCGGGAGGUGGAAACACGUAGAUGGCCGCACAGGAGAACCCGUUUCCGAGUUGCGGCGGGGGAACGGUCAUACACAGUGACCAUCAAUUCAUCGGGGGGCGUAACAGUCGCUCCGUCGAAGUAA